UGGAUGAUUACGUGUAGCUAGCUCCCCACCAGUAACUAGCUAGUCAGACGAGACAGUUUCACCGAGUUCUUUAAUACCUUCUUUUAAUUGCCUCCGUUUGCGCUGUUUUCCAGUGUAUAUCGACACAGAGAAGAUGUAAAGCCACUGAGAAAAACGCCACGAGUGGAUGUUUAGUCGGAGUUAAUAUGAACCUGGGAAUUGCAAUCAAAGAGACACGCUGAAGGGAGCAAAAUGUUUGCCAAGCUGAAGAAAAAGAUUGCAGAGGAGGCAGCCACAGCACCCAGAAGUGGUGUCCGUAUACCCCGGACCAUAAGCAAGGAGUCUAUCGCCUCAGUGGGGGCAGACUCUGGGGAUGACUUUACCUCUGAUGGCAGCAGCUCCAGGGAUGAUUUAUCAGCCCAGCUUCAUCGAAGAAAUGAUCAGAUCCGGAAAUUGGAGGCCAAGCUGUCAGACUACGCUGAGCAGCUACGAAUUAUGCAGAAGACCAAGGACAAGCUUGAAAUUGCUUUAGAAAGGCAUCAGGAUUCAUCCAUUAAGAAACUCCAAGAGCAAAAUGAGUCUCAUCAGAGCAGCAGAGCCAAAAUGGCUGAGGGAAUGGCUUUAGCUCUGGAGAAGAAGGAUCAGGAAUGGAUGGAGAAGAUGGCUGAUGUAGAAAAGUUGCUGAGGAAAGAGGAGUUGCUCAGCCAACAGGAGCGGGAGCUUCAACAGAAGGAGGCUGAAAUUCAGUCAGCAAAGCGAGGCCUGUCUGAGGCUCGAGGGAAAUUCCAGGCUAUGCAGCAGCAGCAUGAGGAGAGCUGCAGACUCAACUCAGAGCUUGAAAUAGAGCGAGAAGAACUGCUGCACCUUCGAGAAGAAGCAGACAAGAAGAUCAGUGAGCUGGAAGGACGAUGCCAAGAGCUGCAGGCAGUUAUCCAGCAGAUUUCUGAGGACUUCCAAUUGUCCCAGAACAUGGUGUCAUCUUUAGAGAAGUCCCUCCAUGAUUUACAGGCUGAAAAUGAAUCCCUGAAAUUACAACAGCAAAAGGCUGCUGUGAUGGAGGAGGAGAAGGCACGCCUGCUGGUAGAGCUUCAAAAGAAGGUCUCCUCCUUAGAGAGACGCCUGCAGGGUAAUCUGAGCCAAGACGAGCAUCUGCAGGAGCUCCUUCAGGAGAAGUCCAACCUUGAGUUGAACCUUGAAGAAACCAGGAAAGAGUUGUUGAUUGUUAGGACCAACCACACCGACACCGUCAGCACUCUCGAGGCACAGGUGUCUAGGAUGAGUGGCAGCAUUACUGAGCUGCAGACUCUUCUUCGACACAAAGAUGACUCCUCCAAGGCCUAUAGAGAGAGAACAGACACACAGAUCGCCAGUCUGGAACGACAGGUUCUGGAGAAUACAGAGAGAAUGAAGUGUGCUGAGCAGCAGGUCACAGAAAAACAGCAGCUCAUAGAUAAACUGCAUGGGGAGCAGAAUACUGAAAAAGCCUUUCUGGAGCAACAGAUUUGUUUGUUAGAGCAGCAGCGUGAGGAGCGGACCAGCUUCCUGGAGGAAACCAUCUCCUGUUUGCAGACAGACAAACAGUCCCUUCUAGACAGGGUGGCUGAGCUGGAUAAACAGAUGCUUGAGGCAAACUCCAUUUUGAAACAGCAAGCAGAAGAGCUGGAAAACUGUAAGGCAGAGCUGAACAGCCGGCUGACGGUGAGCACAGAAAUUGCUAAAUCUCUGGAAGAAACUAGACGGCAGAAGGAAGAGCUGCAGACUCAGGUUGGUGAGCUGACUGUGGGUCUGCAGAAGUCCCAGCAGGAAUUUUCUACUGCUGCUAAGAAACUAAGACUAAGAGAUGAGGAUGUCCAAACGCUUCAGAAUGAGCUGCAGAGUCGGCAGGACUCGCUGGCUCAUCUGCAGGAGGAAACCAAGCGGCUGCACACCCAGCUGCAGCAGAUGGAGCUCGACAAAGACUCCCAGCUGAGGAGCCUGAGGGAGGAGCUGCUGAGUCAGACACAGCAGCUCGACAGCUGCCAGGCGCGGAUUUCAUAUCUGGAGGUGGAGGUGGAAACACUAACAGAGCAGCUUCAAAGUCCGGAGGUUUGUGAGGAGGAUCAGAAUGGCUGUGUCACUGUGGAUGACCUGGAUCACCUCCAGAGGGUCAACAGAGACCAGGAGCAGCAGCUUAGCGAUAAGAACAGGACUAUCAAGCAGUUGCAGCAAAGGCUGGCAGAGUUAAAGAGGACUCUUCAGAAAGAACUGAAACUAAAGCCUGAGCCAGAAGCUGAAGGGAAGGAGAAGUCUUUAGAAAGCCGAGCAGAAAAACAAGAGCGCUUUAUUUCAGACCCACCGCCUGCAGCUGCCCCAAGUCCCCCCACUUCCAACACCACAGUGACCAACACAUCAGACCUUAACGACUCACGGGAAAUCAACUUUGAGUAUCUCAAACAUGUCGUCCUCAAGUUUAUGUCCUCAAGAGAGGCUGAGGCAUACCAGCUGAUACGAGCUGUGUCUGUGCUGCUCAACUUCACUCGGGAGGAAGAGGACAUGUUGAAGCAGACUCUGGAGUAUAAGAUGUCCUGGUUUGGAUCCAAGCCUUCUCCAAAGGGAAUCAUCCGGCCUUCGAUCUCAGGCUCUUCCACUCACUGGAGCUGAUGAGCACCAAAGUGAACUGUGGUGGUGAAGAGGAAGGAACAGAUUCGCCAGGAGGAGGACCUCUUUGUUUUGUGGCUCCUGUUAUUGAGUGAAAUUAAUCUUUGAACCACCUUCCACAGCUUUUCUCCUGCUCUCUGUGGGCUAAACGCUUGGAUUUGGUUGAUUUUGCAGACAAAGAAGGAGUUAAACACUAUCAUAAAGAGAUUACCACCUAGCAUUUCUUAAUUAAUUUUAAAGGAAGGAGACAGUCUUGUCUAUAUCUGGAGCGCGUGUCUCAAUUUAUCUCUGGUGUUUGACACAAGCUGCAUGUUUUCCCCUCUGUGAUGGUGCAACAUGUCUCACAUCUAUGUUUGUUCUUUUGGAACAAGCAUUACCAAGACUAGACUGUCCCCAUUGGAUGGUGUUGCCAGUGUGUUAUUCAGUGGUUCUUAUAUUUUAAACCCUGAAUGCUUUUUUUUUAUUGUAAAUGUGUUGUUGCAUUAAUCUGCACAGAAGACUGAAGCUGGAUUCUCUUCAAUAUUAACAAAAAUGGUCAUAAUCAAUUCCCUCUGGUGUCUCUGCACCUAGAUUGUCCUUAUUUAAAGCAAAUGCCUCCUCAGACUGGAGCACUUUUAUCUCUAAGAGUUGUGGAUAAUCCCAAAUUUGGGUUUUAAGCAAAAUGUUUUACAGUUAGGGGGUCCGGGCUUGGGGGUGAUUUAGGUUUUGUUUUGUUUUUGUAUUUAAAGGCAGCAUUUUACUGGCCACUGUGUGGUGAGCUAAAAACAGAAAGGCCUUCAAACUAUUUUAAGCAUAUUGUGAUUAAUGUAUUAGAAAGGGCUUGCUCUUAAUGCUUUUUUUCCACCUUAUUGUGCAUCAUAUAGAGUAACAAUGGUCCAAACCCGAAUGUCUCUCUGACUGUUUGAACCCCACUGCUAGCAAUAUAACCUUGAUCUGUUCAACAGGAACGACUGUAUAUAAUAAAUAGGUGAAUGCUAUGUAAAUGAUCUGUACCUGCCUUUCCUAAUGUAAAUGAACUUACCUUCCAACAUAUCUAAUUAUGUAAAGAAAUAUGUACAUACUAUAUGCAUUGAGAUCUUUCUAAAUCAAUGGGUGUAAAUAGUUUGAUGUGGUGGGUUUACAGUAUUUAUCAUUGGCAUUGAUCAGAACUUUUCCCCUGCCUUAUGUUUCUCCUCAUUUCUGAGUGUAAUGUCUGCACUUUUGGACAUUAUUACUUUUUCUGGAAUUUUAGGUUGCUUGUAUGUUUGCUGUUUAUAUUCUGGGAUGCAAGAAAACCCAUUUGAAUGUUUUAUUGUCGUCUUGUUUUACUAAUGAUGUAGCAGACUGUAGUCAUGCUGACUAGUCGGGUGUGAUGAACCGUCUCAAAGGAAAUUAUAAACCGUGGGAGCACUUUGUAAUCUGAUCAGUUAACCUAUGUUAGGUCUUUCGUCACUUUUAUCACUACAACUUUGUCUCUAGCUUUUCUAUGAUUUAAUGAUUACUGCAAGUACUGUUGAUUACUUUCCAAUGCUGAUUACAAAUAAACCCAAAAACAUCAUAAAAUCUGA